AUGUCUUUUGGCUCACCACCACAAGAUAUCGACCUUCUAGUUUCCUUUUACACGGGCGAGGCGUCAGCAUAUAUACCAGCCGGCGCGCUAUGCUCGACAAGUAGCACAAGUAGUACUGCGGGUACUGACUGGAAUAAGAUAUUGGAGCCGUCCGAGGGGGAUUUCAUACAAUCCUCUAAUGGAAACGGGUCAUUGGCGGGGGUGCAGCUGGUCGAAUGGAGAGCUAGUACAGAUACGAAUUCGAAGAAGGUUAAUAUUGGUCUGAGGAAGGGCCGCGGAGACGCUGCGGUAAAUGUUACCGUGAUCGAAAGAGGUAUUUCCAAUGAUGGUGAAUACCCCUGGGAUGCAGCCCAAACCUUCAGCGAACAGGAUCUCGAAGCAGCUUCCGACUACUCCCUGAUGCUGUGGACAGAAUCUCCACCAAGGCGGUCAAUAUCAGGAUACUUCUCUCUCGGCCUCUCUAGCAACAAUACUAUCACCACCACCACCACCACAUCAAAUCGAGGCUCGGAGGACAAUACCCAGAACUCAGAAUGUUUGAAUUAUCUCCGUUCAGAUGCUGGUGGGUAUUACAACCAGACCGGAGACGCAGAUUUCGUCGUAGACGUCCUAUCCGCGAACGGCAUCAGUGAUACUGCGACAGAUUUUCAGAUGCAGAGUUUAGCGGUUGGGAGUACAUCCUUGGCAUGGUCGACAACAAGUGACAUUUCCACAGCCGUGUUUCAGUUGAAGGGAAUGCCAAUAAAUCUGGUGUGGCAGAGCACGUUGGGAAUGGGGACUGUGGGGUUGAGCUUGCUGCAGAGAGCAAGGAAAUCAAGCGUGCCGGAAAUGGAUGUGGUGUCUUUGAACUUGGGGACAGGGGGGAAUACUGGAUCAGUGGUGAUGGGGGGAUAUGAUGAUGCACUCAUUGACCAUGGACAAAAAGUGGUAUUCUCUAGGACCAAUAGUAAUGGUACGAGUGGAUUCCAGGUGGUCUUGUCUGAUGUGACAUAUAUCGGCCCGAACAGCGAGGAAGUCGUUGUAUCAAAUGCUGGCACUUCUUCAGCAGAGUCAAAGGUUGCAUUAGCCUAUGAUUCGCCCAAUAUCCAGCUUCCGGCAAAGGCUCUAGAAGCCCUUCUUCCGCUUAUUGGUGAUCCAGUAUUUGAUGAGAAUGUCAAUGGGUACAUUUACUUAGGCUCAGACUCACUAAGGACAGACUACUCUCUCAAAUUCACACUCAAGAACGGCUCAUCAUCAAGCACAAUAGUUGUACCUGCAUCGUCUCUUGUUGGGACCGACACAUCCUCAAACAACCCAUUGACCUCUCGGGUUGAGUCUGGGCAGACAUACCUCCGCCUCUCCGCCAGCUCAGACGAACACCCCGCAUACCUUGGGCGCGUAUUUCUUCAGCACGUGUACCUCGUAAAUGGCCCUCCAACGAUUAACAAGUUCCUCAUCAGUGCCAUUCCCUCUCCUUUCCCGAGUGCAAAAUCCCUAGUUCCCGCUUCCCGCACUUCGAUAAAGAUGUUCAACACUACCCCGGGAACAAGCGAUAAGCCAGCCGUUGGACCCAUGGUAGGCGGAAUACUUGGCGGCCUGGCGGUUAUCAUUGGUGGAAUCGCACUAUGGAUGUGGUUUUUGCGGCGCCGGCGGGAUCGCGCUUUAUCUUCCGGGGGACCGGAGGACGGGAACAAGCCUACCGUUCGUUUCGCAGAAGGGGAUCGUAAACCAACCCCGUUUUCUCCUCCUCAUGCUGGUAGCUAUGGCUACGAAAAAGAGCUCGAAUUCGCAUCUGGUAAGAGCAGCAAUCGCACGGGCUCCGAAUCCAAGACCGCAACCCCUAGCGUAACCUCAUUCUCGCCCGAUCUCCCGGAAAAGGACCCCGAGUUCCUCCAGCGUCUUUCACGACAAUCCCAACACCGCAGGCGACAGUCCGAGGGGUCGACAGUGGCGCGUGUCUACAUGGGCCCGUACUCGCCGCAGGUCGAUGACAUUGAGGAACUCCACUACGAGAUGCAGCUCCAGAGGACAGCCACGGUUGGGCGGUUCAUCUCUGGCGCCAAUGCCGUGGCUACCGUAGAUGGAGGGCCGCGGUCACCUGGAGUGACCAAACCAGAGAUGAUCAAGAUCAAGACAGCCAACUCGCACGUGAGAACGGCGAGUAUCGGACGUAUAUGCACGCCCACAUCGAUUGAGUUCCCACCGUCUUCCAGCCGCCGGGGAUCCAUGCGGACUGUGGGAAGCGCGGACCUGCUACGAAGAAGUAGUGGGGACCUUCUCCGGGGGAGUGUGGAUGGGUUGGCAUUAGGCGGGUCCGAGGAGAGGAUCAAUUCGAUCAAGGAAGAGGCGGGCGUGAGGAAGCAGGUGGUAUGGGAGAAGGACGACGGCGACGAUGAUGGCAGCGACACGUCGACGGUCUUUGGGCUGGACGCGGUCACGAAGGAUGGGUCCGAGUUUUUGAAAAACUCACGAAACAGUUUGAAUAUGAGGGCUGGCUCUUCUACGGAGGGCGGUGACGGCAAUGAUUCAAGCAGGCCUACCACGACGGAAACUACAGAGACGGCCACAACGGCGACCACGGAAACGGAUGCGAACGAGGGUGCAAAUAUAAAUGCCAUUUUCAAGAAUGCGCAUGCGCAGAUUUUGGGUGUGAUAUAA